CCUUAUGGUAGUGUACUUGACUGCACCACUUCCAAGUUGCCACUAUUUCAUCCCCAGCAACAAUCUACUAUAACAUCCAGGACCUAUCCCGUCCACUCCAUUUGAACACCUAAUCUAUAGUAGCAACCAUAUCUUUCUCGUCAACCAACCAAAUCAAAAAUCAUUAAAAUGGGCCAAACAGAUCUCGAGGUUCUGAUCGACAUGGGCUUUGAGCGCGCCCGCGCCGAGCUCGCCGUCAAGAAGUCCGGUGGCUUGCAAGGAGCCCUCAACUGGCUCGAGGAGAGCCAGGACAAGUCCUUGGAGGAGCUGCAAGCCAGCGCUGCCUCUGCCGCCACUGCCAAGGCCGACGACGACGAAGAGGAUGAUGGCUCCCCCAUUCCCGAGGGCGCCAAGUCCCUUGUUUGCAACGAUUGCGGCAAGAGGUUCAAGAACGGAGAUCUUGCCGCCUUCCAUGCUUCCAAGACUCAGCACACCGACUUCUCCGAAUCUACCGAAGAAAUUGCUCCUCUAACGGAGGAAGAGAAGAAGCAAAGGCUGGAGGAGCUCCGCCAAAAGCUCGCGGAGAAGCGGGAGAGGCAGGCACUUGUUGACAAGGAGGAGCAGAAGCGCAAUGAGCAAAUCAAGCGCAAGGCUACCAAGGAAUCACAAGACAUGAAGGAGGAGCUCGCGCGUAAAGAGCAAAUGAAGGAGGCUGCUCGCAAGCGCCAAGAGAAGCUCGACGACAUCGAGGCUAAGAAACGCAUCAAGGCCAAAAUCGAAGCCGACAAGGCCGAGAGGAAGCGCAAGGAGGAGGAAGCGAAGGCGCUUCGCGAGGGUAGAGCUCCGGCCGCUCCUUCAACCGCCCCUGCUGCCGCCGCCGCUGCGCCGGCUGCUUCGAAGCCGGCUGCCUCCCACAAUGAAGCUCGUCUGAGGUUGCAGACUGCCAAGGGAAACGUUAUGAAGACACUGGCCGCGGAUGCCACACUGUUUGAGCUUGCUCAGCAGUUGGAGUCGGAGAACGGAGUCCCGGUUGCGAGCUUCUCUACGACGUUCCCCCGGAAGACGUGGCAAGCUGGAGUAGACUUUGGCCAGACGCUGAAGGAGGCUGGGUUGGUUCCCAGUGCGGUGCUCAUUGUCAAUUAGGGUGGACGAGUACCUACUAAGUGCUUGAAAGUAAACUGGGGUGGGGGGG